AUGUCCAACAAGAUGUCGCGCCCGAAGCCGCCCCCUCCCGGCACGGAGGAGGCCUCGGCGAACCUGAACCUGGGCGAGUUCCAAAACGUCGACACCCUGACGCUGUCCGAGGCGGCGCUCGUGCUCAACGCCCUGGUGGCCAAGCGCCGAAACGACCGCAAGAACGUCAACGAGACCGAGAUGUUGAACCAGACGCUCAACUACCUGGAUCACUUUGCACGCUUCACGCAAAAGGAAAACGUCGAGGCUGUGGAGCGGCUGCUGAGCUCUCACAAAGACCUGGCCAAGUUUGAGCGCGCGCAGCUCGGAUCCUUGUGCUGCGAAAACGCCGACGAGGCCAAGACGCUGAUCCCGUCGUUGCAAGACAAGAUCAAGGACGAGGAUCUGCAAGACCUGCUCGACGAGAUCUCGAAGCUCCAGAACCGAUGA